GGCCGAAAGAAGGCAUAGCCGACAAGAGGAAUAAAGAAGCCGAGUCAAGUCAAGGGGAGUGGAGGAAAAAUAAGUGUUUGCUGUCUGCCGAUUUUUCCACUUUAAGAAAAAAGCGCAAAGUGCAACCGUGAAAAGCAAGUGACGCGACCGGGCAGGUGCAUUGCGACGAAAGUGAAUCGUGAAUUGUGCAAUUGGGCGAGAUUUGUGUGCAUUUUCGUUGGAAAUCAAUCAACAAGUGCAUCGGUCGCGGCACCGCCACCCUCGUUUUCGUUCUUCUUCCGUGCGUUUUUCACGCACACAAUUCAGAGAAUCAAGUGUGAAUCGGCGGUCGCUGACUGCGACGAAAGUGAACGCUGAAAAGAAGACGACGCAGACAAAGCAGAAAGAAACGUCGGUACGUUGGUCGGACGGUCGGAAAAAGAAGUUGGAGGAAGUAGACUACGCGGCUGUCGGAGAGGAGGACGAGGUGUUCAGGUUUCGGGCGUGUGACGGGAGCCACGGCAUUUGCACUACGGCAGACAAUCGGCGAAAAAAGUGGUCCUCGGUGUCGGUGAAUUGUUGCGGGUCGCGUGAACAGUGCGGACCUUAGUGCGGGCAAUUCCUGACCCUUUUGCCGCGAUUGCAGUGGAAAGCAAGUGAAGGAAAUUGUUGAGGGUCCGGCAAGAGGAAAAUGGAUUCGGGCGUCAAGUGCCAUUGAGUGAGUCACUGCACGAACGGCGGAGCCGCGACGACGAGAGCUUAUUUUUACAGAUUUUCAUGUUUUGUUUUCGUUCUCCGUUUCGUUAGAGCUCACCCGGAUCUCGCGGCGGAAAACUGAAGAGACGACUCCUCUUCUGAAAUUCGGUGAACGAGCUCAACAGAGUGGACGAAGGGUGCAUUUGGUGGGCAGACGGUGUCAUUUUCCGGUGGCCCUCAAAACCGCUUAGGACUCCUCGCAACGUAUUGAGGACUUGACCCCGGAGUACGCGGCGAGCACUGUUAACUGGCACUCAAAAGGUUCACGUUCCGUGGUCUGUGCGCGGAAGGUGAAUAGCUGGCUGGAAUUGUCCCAGAGCUGCAUUCGGUUGUGGGUUCUGUUUGUUGUGUGCCGGGCGUAAUACAAAAUCAGCGCAAUUUGCGACCCAAGGAUAUUGAGGAGGCGCGACAAAAUGACUGAAUACAAAUUGGUUGUGGUCGGUGCUGGAGGUGUCGGAAAAUCCGCGCUUACAAUUCAAUUGAUUCAGAAUCAUUUUGUGGACGAAUAUGAUCCAACAAUUGAGGAUUCAUAUCGGAAACAAGUUGUGAUAGACGGUGAAACAUGUUUAUUGGAUAUAUUGGACACUGCCGGUCAAGAGGAGUAUUCAGCCAUGAGAGACCAGUAUAUGCGAACCGGUGAAGGGUUUUUAUUGGUAUUUGCUGUAAAUAGUGCCAAAAGCUUCGAAGAUAUAGGAACAUAUCGAGAACAGAUAAAACGCGUGAAAGAUGCAGAAGAAGUUCCAAUGGUACUUGUAGGAAAUAAAUGUGAUCUUCAAGCGUGGGCUGUGAAUAUGCAGCAAGCGAGAGAAAUUGCAAAACAGUACGGUAUUCCUUUUGUAGAGACAUCAGCUAAAACGCGAAUGGGUGUUGAUGAUGCCUUUUACACGCUUGUGCGCGAAAUUCGAAAGGACAAAGAGCAGCGAGGGAAAAAGAAUCGGAAACAUAAUAAACUUCCUCGUCGUAAAUUGCGAUGUCUGCUACUGUAAAUUAGUUCUAGGCAACGAAAGAUUAUUACAUACAAACGAUCGAACACGAGAGGGACAGUAGAGAAUAUUAUUAAAAUAUUAAUUAAUACAUAAUUAAAAGAAUUACAGCAACGCAAGAAGCACACAAAACCAAGCAAACAUUUUCAUUGAAUCCAAAUAAGGAGGAGAACUAAGUAACGUAAUAAAUUUCAAAAUAAAAUUCAAAAGAAGAUAAAAACAAAGUGAAAUUCAAUUGUUUAUUACGUUUCCAUUAUAAUUAUUAUAUAUUGCAUAAACUUAUUUAAGGCGAAACAAACAAUAAAAAUAUUCUCUUGAUAUUUAUUUCUGCCGAAAGUAAAGUAGAUAAAAAUUUAAAGGAUAACUACAAGAAAAGAAAACUAAAUAAAAAAUUUAGAAUUUUUGAUAAUAAUUGUAGCAAAGAGAAGAUAAAAGAAGAAAACUCACAAAACAAAUCUAAUUUAUUCCAGAAGUGUUUUUUCCGUUUUGUUACAUUCGAGUUCGUUGGACGCGAAUUCAACCUGCACAAUUUUAUUCGAUUUCUUUUAAAAAAUUCAAGACUAUGAGAAAUUCUCAAAAACAAAAUACAAAAUAAUAGAAAACAUUGUUAUCGAGUCAUCACCACUCAGCGAGGACAUGCCAGAUCAAUGGCUUCACAUGCCGAGCGUCCUGCAACCACAGGCACCAUCAUUCGAAUCGAUUUUGCUGUUUAGUUGUGUCUAGCGAUUCGAUUUGCACAGAAUCAUAGAAGUACAAUAUUAAUGACGUAUUAUUGAAUAAAUGACUGAAUAUAUUACGAUAAUAUUCGAAUAGGUCAAAUUUUUAUACAUGUGUAUUGGGUAUGCAAUAGCAUAUGGUCGUUGAUUUGAAUGAUGAUGCACACCAGUGGUCCUUCCUCAAUUGUACAUCCGCAAAGUUUACAUUGUCGGGCAUGUGAGCCGGUCUCAUCUGGAAUGAAUUGAUAAAUAUUUGUAAAGAAAGGAAAAAUCGAUUGUUUUCCGGAAUAUAAUUUAUAUUUGUCUUGUUUAUUUUUUUAAAUAUAUUUUUCUUUUAUGAUUUUUA